AUGAGUUAUACUAAUUUAUGGGACAAGUUUAAAGAAGUUCAUGACCAUUGGAGCCUUACGAGGAAGCUGCUGGAUGAAUUUUCAGAUUUUUUGCAGGAAAGGGCUAUGGUUUUGGAAAAUAAAUAUGGAUUUUUUGUGGGAAAAUAGGGAAGGUAUAUAGAAAAGGUAUAAUUUAGAUAAAAAUUAUGCGAAAGGGCUUGAAAAAUUAGCAGCUCAUUCUUUCUUUCAACUUUCGACUGGAGAUUCUUUAUCUCAUGGGCUUGGGACAAUCCAGAAUUUUUACCAUUUGCAUUCUUCUCUAUUAAGCAGCCUCUCACAAAGUUUGUAUUCAGAUUUAUCAAAUACAGUCAAACAAUUAGUAAAUGAGCACGACGCUUCAAUUAAAGAAAAAUACGAAACAGGCCGAAAACUCACCAACGAAAGAGAAAAACUGCUAAAAAUUCAUGACAAAGCUCGAGAAAAAUACAUAAAAUCGGUCAAAGACUCAGCAACUCAAAAUAAAUCAAUUAAUCCUCCAGCGAAAAACAAUGAAGAUUUUUUCUUAAAAUCUUAUAUGUCAUCAAUACAAAAUGCAAAUACCUUUAACAUCCAAUUCAGCGACGGAAUAAAAGCUGUUUUAGCUGACUACCAAGACCAAGAAACCGCAAAAUUAAAAAACUUAAAAGAGUCCUUACAAAGAAUCGUGGCAUUAGAAGGGUGUUUUAUUAAAAAUUUGGAAUAUGAGAUGGAAAAUUUGCCUACUGUAAGAGGUAUAUAGGCCGUUGAAAGUUUUAGCCCAGAAAAAGAUAUAGAAGAGUUUGCAGAAAGUAUAUGCACAGGGAGAAAGGUAGGAAUUCUUGCAUUUGUGCCGUGUUAUGAGGAAUCAGCGAAGAGAAAGAAUAUGGAAUUGAGAGACUCACAAGAAGAAGAAAUAAUGAGAAAUGUGCUUGAAGCUUGCUGGAGUGAAGACAGUAUAAAUGAUCACGAUCUUGAACUUUUUUAUCAUUUGAUAAUAGAAAGCCAGGGUAGAAAAGUGUUUACAUCUUUUUUAAAUGAAAAAAGACACCAAGGGCAAUUUAAAAUACCUGACAAGAAUUUUGGAAUUUUAGGGGAAUUAAUGAGAAGACUUUUAACAAGCAUGCUAAAUACAGAACUAGAUUUAUUAUGCGCUAGGCAGUGCAUAAUUUUGUCGCAGACUUUUUAUUAUGAAGAUGCUACAGCUAGAAAAAUAUUUUUGCAAAAUCUAAUUUUAUUGAUUUUUUUAAAUAACAAUAUUUAUUUUAUAUAAAAAAUUUAAAGUGAAUAAAUCUGGACUUAUAUAGAGUUUUCCUUCAAUUGACUAUGGCAAAAUUUGAUGUUUUUAAUAUAAAAAUUAAUGGCAAAAUAUGGGAAAGACACUAUAUUUUAUUACACCCUGUAUGGCAUGAUGAAAAAAAUUGAGAAAAAAUUAUCACAGAUGCAAUUCAGCUAGAAAUGAAAAAUUAUGCAGAUUCUUGUCUAGAUAGUUUAGAAGUUCAUGAUAAUAUGACACAAAAAAUGAAUAUGAUGAAUGUUGGACAGCUUAAUUCGUAUGCUCAUGUAAUGGCAAGUUUUGACCUAAGCAAAGAGACUAUAACUCAGUUAAUUUAUAAAUUAGCAGAAAAAUUCCAAGUCCCAGAAGAAAUGAUCCCAGACGUGUCAGGUACCGAAACUACCCACUAA